CUUUGACAGAUAAGAUAAGAGGUUAUAAAUAUUGUUAUGGAAGUUUAUUGUGAUUAAUUGGCAGAAAUGGAAAAUCAUAAUUCCGAAUUAAGUAGUUUAGAGGAAAGUUCUUCAAUACAAAACACAGAAACGUCCUAUAAAGAUAUAGAAGAAUCGGAUCUUGAUACCAGAUCGGAAUUAAAGUUUGAUCAAGAAAAUGAAACACCGGAGGAAAUAGAUAAAAAGAAAAGAAUUGAAUUGGCAUUAAGUAGGAAGGAAAGUAGUGUGAAAACGUGGCAGGAUUUGGCAUAUGAAAGAUAUGGAAUUGUUUCUGAUGAGUUGCGAAGACGCGCAUGGCCUUUAUUAUUGGACAUAGAUCCAGAUGUGACAGAAAAAACCCCAUCGUUGGCAGAUUUGUCGACUCACCCUGAGUACGAUCAAGUUAUUCUGGAUGUGAAUAGAUCAUUAAAGAGGUUUCCUCCUGGGAUUCCGUAUGAACAGAGAGUGGCUCUACAGGAUCAAUUAACAGUUUUAAUAUUGAGGGUUAUUAUAAAGUAUCCUCAUUUAAGGUAUUAUCAGGGUUACCAUGAUGUAGCCGUAACAUUUUUAAUGGUUGUUGGUGAGGCUGUAGCUUUUAGUAUUAUGGAGAAAUUGAGUACAAAUCAUUUAAGGGAGUGUAUGGAGCCUACAAUGGAAAAAACCGAUUACAGAUUAAACUAUAUUUAUUCAUUACUGAGGAAGGUUGAUAAAGAACUGCAUGAUUACAUGGACAGUGCCGAAGUUGGUACGAUGUUUGCUCUACCGUGGUACCUAACCUGGUUCGGACACUCUCUAAACAAAUACAAAGACGUCGUGAGAUUGUACGACUUCUUCCUCGCCAGCCCGCCCUUGAUGCCUCUAUACGUCACCACAGCCCUCGUAAUAAACAGGCGACAAGACGUCUUCGAAGCUGGCUGCGACAUGGCCAUGAUCCACGUGGUUUUAUCCCAGAUACCAAACAAUCUGGACUUCGAGGAAAUCCUCAUCAUGGCCUCGAAAUACUACGCAAAACAUCCGCCGGAAACUUUGGAGGCGCACGUGAAGCAGAGAGUUAAAAAACAAAUCGAGCGCCGUAGAAAGGACCAAGAAGAAAUGAAGCGGCGCAUGAACAAGAAGAACAGUCUCUGGGUGCGGAUAAACAAGCAGAUCGCACCGUGGAUGCUGAUAACCAGGGGAAAAUACGGCCUAUUAUUCGCUGCAGCAACGGUAAUAAUCGGAUUCUACGCCUAUUAUCUCAACAUCUCCGAAUCCACCAGGAUGCCCUUUAUCAGGUACAUUGUUCAGUAUUUUAGUAGGAAAAAAAUUAAUACGUAAUAUUUUGUUGUUUUAUAUUUUUGUUGUGUUCUUUCUAUAGGAAGCAUGAGGGAAAUGACGAAUUAUUGUGAAGAAGUCUUUUUCAAAUAAAAUAUUUUAUUUUUUAUUACUCGUUUUAUUU